AAAGACAAGUACAGAAUAGUAUACAGUGAAUUGCAAAAGGUUGAACUCGAGAAGGAGUUCCUUUACAAUCAGUACGUCACAAUUCAGAGGAAGUCUGAACUGGCAGCAUUCAUCGGACUCUCCGACCGGCAGGUCAAAAUAUGGUUUCAAAAUCGACGA